GCCGAUCCCACCGACCCCGGAAGUAGCCUUUGGAUGGUAGGAGAGGGGCUGUGGUUGUCAGCAUCUGCAGGGACAAUGGAUGAGGGCGACCAUGGACAUUAGAUCACGACAGACGUGAGUAACUGUACUCCGGGAGUCCGAAAACAGACUGCGAUGUCAAAAUAACACAGAAUUUGUGAGGACACCCCGGGCACCAUGCAGUCCUCGGGUCACAGAUUCCGCGACGUCGAGCACCAUCCUCUUCUUAACGAAAGCGAUGGGUACGACUCUUCUCCCCCGGAAGGAGAGCUGGCCGACAAAGUAUGGUUUAUCCGGGACAGCUGCGGCAUGGUCUGUGCCGUCAUCACUUGGACGCUGGUCUUCUACGCCGACUUCGUGGUGACGUUUGUCUUGCUGCUGCCUUCCACAGACUUUUGGUAUUCAAUCAUCAACGGGAUCCUCUUUAAUUGCCUCGCGUCCCUCGCGCUGACGUCCCACUUGAGAACGAUGCUGACGGACCCGGGAGCUGUCCCGAAAGGUAACGCCACCAAAGAGUACAUGGAGAGCCUGCAGCUGAAGCCGGGAGAGGUGAUCUAUAAGUGUCCAAAGUGCUGCAGCAUCAAACCGGAGCGCGCUCACCACUGCAGUAUUUGCAAGAGAUGCAUCCGGAAGAUGGAUCACCACUGUCCUUGGGUGAACAACUGCGUGGGAGAGAAGAACCAGAGGUUCUUUGUGCUUUUUACGAUGUAUAUAGCUCUGAUCUCUGCCCAUGCGCUGGUGCUGUGUGGGAUCCAUCUGUUUACCUGUGUGAAAGGACAGUGGAAUGCGUGCAGUAAUUUCUCCCCACCGGUUACCGUCAUCCUGAUGAUCUUCCUGUGUCUGGAGGGACUGCUUUUCCUGACGUUCACGGCGGUUAUGUUUGGCACCCAAAUACACUCGAUAUGCAACGACGAGACGGAAAUCGAACGGCUGAAAAGCGAAAAACCCACGUGGGAGAGGAGGCUAAGGUGGGACGGCAUGAGGUCCGUCUUCGGGGGUCAGCCGUCCUUCCUAUGGAUUAACCCUUUCGCUGGAUUACAAAUCAGACGCUUAGUUAGGGGGAGGAAAGGGGGCUCGGAGUUCUCCGUCUAGGACCUUCUCGUUUAACUGGAAUAUCACGCAUUGCUGUGUUUAUUGGAGCCGGAGGAACAGUCUACAGACGAGCUAUCGAGCCUGAGAACUGUUUUUUGGUAUUGCAGCAAAACUGUCUUUUUUUUUUUUGGUCUUAAUUAC